UUCUCUAUGGUCAAGAAGGAAGAAAGCCGAAGGUGUGUGAUGCUGUCUGAUGAACCAUCUUCCACUUCUGAAAGAUCUGCCUUACUGACCCAUCAAUCAUCUCCCUCUUCCAAACGGGGGAGACCUUGGUGUGAUCAUUGCAAAAAGCCCGGCCACUCUAAGGAGAAGUGUUGGAAGCUUCAUGGUAAGCCUCAGGACUGGAAGUCCAAGCACUCUCAAGAUAAUAAAUCAAGCCUUGUUGCCACCUCUGUCACUAGUUUCACUAAAGAACAGAUUGCUGAACUUCAAAAACUAUUUGGAAAGUUUCAAGGGUCUUGUGAGGGUAAUCUGGUCAUAAAAGAUCCAGAAGGCACUGAACUCGAAGAAGAUGAUUGGUAAGGCCAGCUUGCAUAAUGGUCUCUACAUCCUCCCUACCUCUCCUAAAAUCGAGAUCUCCAAGUCAUUUACCGCUUUAGGAAAAGUUGAUACUGUUAUGUUAUGGCACUUUCGUUUAGGCCAUCCUAGUUUCCAAUACCUUGCAAAAUUGUUUCCUGCUCUAUUCAUUAAUAAAAGGCCUAAUUCUUUUUCUUGCAAA